AUGGAGAAGUUGAAGCUAUUAGAGAAAGUUAUGGUAGUACCAGAAAGACCUACAAACAGAAAAAGAAUUUUCCUGUCAAACAUAGAUCUGUCUCUUGUUGUAUACCAAGAAUCUGUUUCAUUUUUUGAUCCUCCAAAAAAUAAAAAGAGCUUUUCUGAAUCUUGCAAUAGCCUGUAUAAUGCACUAAGGCAAUUGCUAGUGCCUUAUGAUUUUUUUGCAGGACGGCUCGUGACAGCACUAGAAAAUGAUAAUCGGUUCCAGAUUGAGUGUAAUGGUGCUGGUGUUGUAGUUGCUGCUGCAAAAACUGACUCUGCUUUGAUCCAACUCGGCGAGCUUUUAGAACCGAAGCCUGAAUAUAGGCAAUUGGUUGCUUUCUUGCAUGAAGAGGGUGAAGAAGAAAUGAAAAUCCAAGAUAAGCCUCUUCUGUAUUUGCAGUUGACAGAAUUUGCAUGUGGAUGCCUAGCACUAGCUUCAAGGUACAACCAUUGUGUCGUGGACGGUAUUGCAGUUGGUGAGUUUCAGAAAAACUUAGCUGCCUUAACUCGAGGUGAUCAAAUAGUAAUGCUACCAAAUCCUGAUCGAGCACUUUUCAAAGCCAGAAAUCCGCCAGAAAUUACUCAUCCACACUAUGAGUACUCCACCGUAGUUGCUGAAGCCAUGAAAAUGGAGACUGCUGACUUGUUCACGGUUUGUGGAACAACAGGAGUCAAGUCCAUCAACAAUUGCUCAACUUAUAGUACCAAAACUAGAACUACUACUCGUUCAAUCCAUAUAUCUGCAAAACAAAUUUCCAUCUUGAAGAAGGCCGUUCUUCAAGAUGGCAACUUGGAAAAUUGCACUACUUUCCAAGUUGUGGCGGCGAAGAUAUGGAAAGCAAGAACUAUUGCAGUUAAAAUGAAAGAAGAGACAAAUACUACGAUGUUAUUUCCCGUAAAUGUUCGAAGAAUUAUUUCACCACCAGCACCAAGUGGGUUUGCUGGAAAUGCAUUGAUUCCUGGAUUUGCAAGGGUAAAAGUGAAGGAAGUGAAAGAAAGAGAGGUGUCUUAUUUGGUUAAGAAAGUGCAAGAAGGUGUAAAGAGAUUGGAUGAUGAGUAUGUGAGAUCUAGUAUAGAUUGGUUAGAGGUUUAUAAAGGUGUGCCAUGUAGAGAAAAUAGCUUUUCUUUAGUGGCAUGGUUUAGAUUGGGAUUAGAAGGAGAGGUGUUCUCUUGGGGGAAGAUUAAAUGUACUGCACCAGUUGUGGUUAAACCUGGUUUGGUUUUUCUUUUGCCUGGGACACUAGAGGAAGGUGGCAUUCAUGUUUGCCUAGAAUUGCCUGAUGAGGAAAUGAAUGAGUUUUGUAGAUUACUGAUGGAAUAA